UCCUCUCCGACGUAUCUCUCUCUGUGUGCCUCUCCUUUCGCAGCCCUCGCCUCAGUCUCGCCGGACUCUCCCGCCUCUCCUCUCCGCCGUAUCUCUCUCUCUCUGUGCCUCUCCUUUCGUAGCCCACGCCUCAGUCUUGCCAGAGUCUCCCCCUCUCCUCACCACCGUAUCUCUCUCUCUGUGCCUCUCCUUUCGCAGCCCAUGCCUCAGUCUUGCCGGAGUCUCCCCCUCUCCUCACCGCCGUAUCUCUCUCUCUGUGCCUCUCCUCUCCGAUGUCUCAGUCUCGCCGGAUCUCAUUCUCUCCACUCUCUCCUCGCCGAUCCACUUCGAUCUAGGUCUCCUUGCCGGAUCUCCUUCUCUCAACCCGUCUCUCGCCGGAUCUCUCUCCUCGCGGUCGUCCUCAUCCGUCGUCAUACUCGCCGGACUUCCACCGUCAUUAUCUCGAACCGGCUCUGCCCCUUUUGAAAGGUUACAAAUUUUGGUCUAUGUUUAAGUUUAAUUAUCAGUUUAGGUUUUGAUUAUCAGUUUAGGUUAUCGAUUAGUGAUGAUUCUGUGUUUGGUUAGGGUUUUAACUAUUUAGGUUUGGUUAAUUUCUUGGCAGAUGUCAGGAAAUGAUUCUCUGUCCCUUUUGAAAGGUUACAAAUUUUGGUCUAUGUUUAAGUUUAAUUAUCAGUUUAGGUUUUGAUUAUCAGUUUAGGUUAUCGAUUUGUGAUGAUUCUGUGUUUGGUUAGGGUUUUAACUAUUUAGGUUUGGUUAAUUUCUUGGCAGAUGUCAGGAAAUGAUUAUAGCCGCUAUCUAUCUACUGGUGGUAAGAAAACUUCUGGUAGUAAGAAGAGUUCUGGUAGUACGAAGAGUUCAUCCCGUCAUACCAAUCCGGGUAGUUCUUCUAGUUCCCAGAUGGCCGAGAGUUUGGCUGUUCCUAAUAGCCAGACGCAAGCUUCCCCUCCAGCUCCCGCCCCAGCUCCUCCAGCUCCCACCCCAGCUCCUGCAGCUCCCGCCCCAGCUCCUGCAGCUCCCGCCCCAGCUGCAGCUGCAGCUGCUCCCGUCCCAGACCCGGCGGCAGAUUUAGCGGCAAUCAAUAUGAUUUUGGCUAGUCCUGGACAUGAUCGUCUUCCUCACCUCCAUCCAGAUCGCCCUCCAAAUACGCUUUGGUUUGAUGACGAUGUAAGCGUUGCUGCAUCGGUCCGUCAAAUCUUUGAAAGAGAUUUCAAAGAACCGCAUGCUAAUUGGAAGCAAACCCCCGGGGAUGUUGUGAGACGUUGGUUUGAAUCCUUUGCGCAAAUGUAUCAUUGGGAUUCUGGUAUAACAUCCCUCGUUCGCAACUCUUUCGAGGCUAAAUUGAAACUCCAGUUGACUCGCCAAGUUAGUCGGUGGAAGAGUAACUGGCGGAAAAAAGGCGAUGCAGCUAUGCCUUUGUGGUUUGACCCAAAUGUUUGGGCUGGUCUUGUUGCUUAUUGGUUAGAUCCAGAAUCUGAAGUCCAGAGUUGUAACAGUCGGGCAGCUCGUUACUCUGACCCUGAUGGACAUGGACCGUCUAAGCAUCGUUCAGGUCAGACUUCCUUCAGGGCCCGUGCACGAGUGAUUGCUGAGCAAACUGGAUGUUCUAUUCCAGACUUGCUUGGGGUUCUCGAGAUCACUAAACGAAACCCGGAUGGUUCUUUUGUUGAUGGCAAAUCUGAGCAGCUCUACAACGAUGUGACAUCUAAAUUUCAGGAAUUAUCUCAGGCUGCUAGUGAUGAUCCCGAGAGCACUGGUUCUAGUGGCCUCUCUCCAGUAGCUUUCAAUCUCAAAUUUUUUAAAGUCUUCUUUGAUAUUGAUCCUUCUUUGAUUUUUUAUGCAGUUCGCUCCCCGCAAAAAGGGACGACUGUAUGGAAUGGGUUCUCUAAAUACAUAUUUACGAUCUGUUCCUGCUUUGUUUCCUUAUAGCAGUACUAGAGACCAAUCUUUGGAGAAGAUCAUCUAUGACCAAGCUCAAAAGAUUGAGAGCCAGGGAAAUGAAAUUUCGAAGCUGUACAAGAUCGUUCGUCAUCUCGCUAGCAAAGACUCUACCGUGGCCGACAUUCUCCAGUCUGAAGACGUGUCUUCUGCUUCUGGUGAUGAUGAUGAAUCUGAUGUUAUUUAGUUUGUUUUCUAUCACUUUCUAAUGACUUGAAACUUUUUUGUAUGUGUUUGUGUAAUGACUCUUGAAUUUCUUUCUAUUUUAGUAAUAUUUUCGCUAACUAUUUAAAUCUCUUCAGAAUUUUAUAAAUGUAUAAUAAUUUAUAAAAUUUCAAAUUCUGCAGUAAAAAAAUUAAUUAAUCGCAAAUGACUUGCAAAUUUGCGACGGAACAAGCCUCGCAAUUUUGCGACGGAAUAAAACCCUUGCAAAAUUGCGACAAAACUGUUAAUUGCAAAAUUGCGAGGAACAACUAAACCGUCGCAAAUUUUUGCGAGGAAAUCAGUUCCGUCGCAAAUUUGCGAGGAAUAUCAUUCCGUCGCAAAUUUGCAAGGAAUUUAUUUCCGUCGCAAAUUUGCGAGCGUUUUGCGAGUGAUUUUCAUUUGCGACGAGCGAUU